AUGAACAGCGAUGCGACAGAGGCUGCCCUGGGUCUGCUCGGACUCUCUCCUCUCAACCACCACAUUCAGGUCUUUGACGCUCACAGUGGCACUCCAUCCCACCAUGGCCAUGGACACCAUACCGUACCACCGUCGUUGAUACCGCUCAAGCGAAAGCAGCCGUCUCCGAGCAACGUCGCCAAGUCUCAUCCGACGAAACUGGCGAACGCAGACGACAUCUCCUGCAUCUGCGGAUUCACCUACGAUGACGGUUUCUCGAUCGCAUGCGACGUCUGCUCACGGUGGUGUCAUGCUGCCUGUUUCGGCAUCGUCGAGGGGGGCGUACCAGAGGAAUGGCGGUGUUGGGUGUGUCAGGGUGGCAGUAUCGACGAGGAGCAGAGAGAGAGAGCCGUUAAACUACAACGCAAGCGACUGAAAACCCUGAAGAUGAGAAACGGGCCCAAUGGAAACAAGAGGAGACGAGCAUCGAUCUUGAAUCCAGCGGGUCCAUCGAGCUCGGCCAAUGCAUUGGCCGCGCCAAAUGCCAACCCUCCCACAGGCCCCGACGUUGCCCACCCAAGUUCUUCCACUUCCAGCUCACGUAUUACCGAUGUGUUCCCGCCGGACGCCUACUCUCAUCCUUCGACGCAUGCUCAACUGUUGAAAGUAGCAAAGGCAUGGAGGGGCGUAACAGCUCUUAACCCGCCCAUUCCAGUCGUACCACCCAGGACUUACAUCGAUGGAGGCUAUGUCCGUGUCGAUAGUCAAGGGUACUUGUUCGUGGGACCAACAGCGCGUCUGCCACAAUCGUCAACAACGUCUGGGUUGGCAUCAGCAUCGGGUACCGCGCUAGGAACCGCUUCACAUGGACCUACUGACAGCUCCAGGAACGACACUAUUGCCAUCCCUUCCAACACGCUCCUGAGUCCCUACACAGCCACUAUCCUUCCUUCUUCGGCGUACCUCGCUGAUCCACUGAAUGGGUAUGCGCACUUGGGGAUGGGGAAGCCACAGGUGAGAUUGGUGGGUGGAGGUUGGUGUGUGGGUGUAGAUGCGCGCGAACUCGGUGGACACGAAAGUCUUGGCAAAGGGAGAUGGGCACGAUGCGGAUGCUGGCCAAACGCGGUGGUCAGACCUGUGAUAUGUGGUGGUGCGAGACGAAGGAAGAAAAAAGGAGAAGGUGGGGAUAGAGAAAGUGAUAACGAACAGAAAGCCCAUUCGACAACGUUAUCGUUUGGGUUGUUCGCCCUGAGGGACCUGAGAGCGGACGAGGAAAUCGUGUUAGGGUGGGAAUGGGACGAUGGACAUGCGGUGCACAUGCUGCCGGCUCUAAUUGAGAGUCCUGGAAUGUUUGGGUGA